GAACCGCGCCGGGGGUGUGGAGCAACCAAGAUGGAGCCUGCAACCGGCGGGCCAAGCCCGUUGAUUGUGAACAACAAGCAGCCCCAGCCGCCACCUCCUCCGCCGCCCGCCGCGGCGCAGCCUCCCUCGGGGACGCCGAGGGCCGGAGGUGGCCUUCUGCCGGGCGGCAAAGCUCGAGAGUUCAACCGCAACCAGCGCAAAGACUCAGAGGGCUAUUCUGAGUCUCCAGACCUGGAGUUUGAAUAUGCUGACACAGACAAGUGGACUGCAGAGCUCUCAGAGCUUUACAGCUACACAGAAGGACCAGAAUUCCUGAUGAACAGAAAAUGCUUUGAGGAGGACUUCCAGAUCCAUGUGACAGACAAGAGGUGGACUGAACUGGAUACCAACCAGCACCGCACCCAUGCCAUGAGGCUCCUGGAUGGCUUGGAAGUCACUGCUAGGGAGAAGAGACUCAAGGUGGCCCGAGCAAUUCUCUAUGUUGCCCAAGGCACCUUUGGAGAGUGCAGCUCAGAGGCAGAGGUGCAGUUCUGGAUGCGCUAUAACAUCUUUCUGCUCCUGGAGGUGGGCACGUUCAAUGCCUUGGUGGAGCUUCUGAACAUGGAAAUAGAUAACAGUGCCGCGUGCAGCAGUGCAGUGAGGAAACCUGCCAUCUCCCUGGCUGACAGCACAGAUCUGAGGGUCCUGCUCAACAUCAUGUACCUUAUUGUGGAGACUGUUCACCAGGAUUGUGAGGGUGACAAGGCUGAGUGGAGAACCAUGCGACAGACCUUCAGAGCUGAGCUGGGCUCCCCUCUGUACAACAACGAGCCAUUUGCCAUCAUGCUGUUUGGGAUGGUGACCAAAUUUUGCAGUGGCCAUGCUCCCCACUUCCCCAUGAAGAAAGUUCUCUUGCUGCUCUGGAAGACAGUAUUGUGCACACUGGGUGGCUUUGAGGAGCUGCAGAACAUGAAGGCUGAGAAGCGUGCCCUCCUUGGACUCCCCCCACUGCCUGAGGACAGCAUCAAAGUGAUCCGCAGCAUGAGAGCUGCUUCCCCUCCAGCCUCUGCCUCAGACCUGAUUGAGCAGCAACAGAAAAGGGGCCGACGGGAGCACAAGGCUCUGAUAAAGCAGGACAAUCUAGAUGCCUUCAAUGAACGGGAUCCCUACAAGGCUGAUGACUCUCGAGAAGAAGAGGAGGAAAAUGAUGAUGACAGUAGCCUGGAGGGGGAGACAUUUCCUCUUGAGCGGGAUGAGGUGAUGCCUCCCCCACUACAGCACCCCCAGACUGACAGGCUUACCUGCCCAAAGGGGCUCCCUUGGGCCCCCAAGGUCAGAGAGAAAGACAUUGAGAUGUUCCUUGAAUCCAGCCGCAGCAAGUUCAUAGGCUACACUCUAGGCAGUGACACGAACACAGUGGUGGGGCUGCCAAGGCCAAUCCACGAAAGCAUCAAGACACUGAAACAGCACAAGUACACGUCAAUUGCAGAGGUCCAGGCACAGAUGGAAGAGGAGUACCUUCGCUCUCCUCUCUCAGGGGGAGAAGAGGAAGUUGAGCAAGUCCCUGCAGAAACCCUCUACCAAGGCUUGCUCCCCAGCCUGCCUCAGUAUAUGAUUGCCCUCCUGAAGAUCCUGCUGGCCGCAGCUCCCACCUCAAAAGCCAAAACAGACUCAAUCAACAUCCUGGCAGAUGUCCUGCCUGAGGAGAUGCCCACCACAGUGUUGCAGAGCAUGAAGCUGGGGGUGGAUGUGAACCGUCACAAAGAAGUCAUUGUGAAGGCCAUUUCUGCUGUGCUCCUGCUGCUGCUCAAGCACUUUAAGUUGAACCAUGUCUACCAGUUUGAAUACAUGGCCCAGCACCUGGUAUUUGCCAACUGCAUCCCUUUGAUCCUAAAGUUCUUCAAUCAAAACAUCAUGUCCUACAUCACUGCCAAGAACAGCAUUUCUGUCCUGGAUUACCCUCACUGUGUGGUGAAUGAGCUUCCAGAGCUGACUGCAGAGAGUCUGGAAGCAGGUGACAACAACCAAUUUUGUUGGAGGAACCUCUUUUCUUGUAUCAAUCUGCUUCGGAUCUUGAAUAAGCUAACAAAAUGGAAACAUUCAAGGACUAUGAUGCUUGUGGUGUUCAAGUCGGCACCUAUCCUGAAGCGGGCCCUGAAGGUAAAACAAGCCAUGAUGCAGCUCUAUGUGCUGAAGCUGCUCAAAGUGCAAACCAAGUACUUGGGGCGACAGUGGCGCAAGAGCAACAUGAAGACGAUGUCUGCCAUCUACCAGAAGGUUCGGCAUCGGCUGAACGAUGACUGGGCAUAUGGCAAUGAUCUUGAUGCCAGGCCUUGGGACUUUCAGGCAGAAGAGUGUGCUCUUCGUGCCAACAUUGAACGUUUCAAUGCCCGGCGUUAUGACCGAGCUCACAGCAACCCCGACUUCUUGCCAGUGGACAAUUGCCUGCAAAGUGUCCUGGGCCAGCGGGUAGAUCUUCCUGAGGACUUCCAGAUGAACUAUGACCUCUGGCUAGAAAGGGAGGUCUUCUCCAAGCCCAUUUCCUGGGAAGAGCUGCUGCAGUGAUCCUGUUGGACAGCAGACUGAAAGGAAGUAAUCUACCUGAGGGAUUGGCCUCAUCCUUGCUGCAGUGCUCCCAUCCCCCUCCAGGUGGCAGCACAGCUCCACUGAGGUCUCCACAGCCAGCCCAGCCUGUGUGUGAGCCCAGGCUGGCCUCUGGUUGAUUCCAACAUCCUACUCAGGAGCAGUCAUCCAUGUUGGGAUCUACUCUUCCUUCACCUCACCACUUCUACCCUCCUCUCCCUAUGAUGGAUUGCAACUCAUUUCACAAUCAGCCCUGUGCUGGGAAAAGUUGGAAUGGGCCAUACACUCCUCAUCAACAGCUGAGUUUCAAGGUCACGCUGACUCUUUCUGAGACAUGCAGCUUUGGCAUGUCAGUUUUCUAAUGAGGAGAGGUUAGUGUGAAGGCCAAGACUAGAGCGUUGGCACUUUGGUUGUGAUCUGGGGGUUUCUGAUACCAUUCCAGCCUCCUGUUGAGUUUUGUUCAGAGGUGAUACUGCAGCCUCUGCACUCUGGUUUUGGAUAGGGUCAAAGGUAGAGAAGCUUCCCAUAACCAGAGGUUUGAGUUUCCUCUUGGGUUGCAAGGGCCUGUAAAUGUAUAAAUCUGUGUAUGUCCUUAUGUCACGAUGGGGUUUUUAAUGUGUUUGUGUAUUCUGUUUACAUUAAAAGAAAGCAAAA